GUGUUAUAUCAUAUGAAAAGAAACUCGUCUCUCCAUAUCACCAUGUUUGUAUUACGUAUAUAUUUCUCUACGGUUUACAGUUCCAGUUAAGGUUUACAGUUUUUUUUUUUUUUUGCUAAAUUUAAGGUUUAAGGUUUUCUGUUAAGGUUUACAGUUUCGUUAUAUAUCUUAAUUAUUUUAAAAUCUAUAUCACUUGUUGAUAUUUUUUUUGUUUAAAGAUUUUAUUCAAAAUCUCUCUUCUUGAUUUAUACGAAUGUAUAUAAAUCUGGACGUGAAGACACUUCUUUUCUAUAUUGUUGGUCUUGUAAGAACACCAAGUUGCAUGAAACAUGAUUUUAAUAUGAUAAAACAUAUAUAUUUUACGUGACUGGUAUUUAAAAUAGAGGAUAAAGGCUUAUAGGGAUAUAAAAAUCUUGGUCCAUCGGUCCUACCCAAGCCAAUGGUCAACAAAAUAAAGUCAACGAAGUAGAAGAACGUGAGAAGGGAGAACCUCGACAACUUGUAAAUGAAGGUUAGUCUUUCACCUUUGUCGUUACCUUAUUUUAUUCUAGGCUCAAGUCGGGUAGCUCUUAUCCUUGCCAGGUAUAUCACAGCCAACAAAUUUACAUUAUAUACCAUCAUUUAAUAUUGGCUUUUAUCUAAAAAAACUAAAAAUGUUUAAACUAAUAAACUAUAUAGUAUAGUCACUAUACUUAUUAUAACUACACGAAAAUAUUCAAAUUAAUUGAUGCGUAGAUUAUCAUAAUCCGAAUUAUAUCCAAACAACUAGUUAUAUAAGAAAGGAAAAAUUGGAAGAUUUUCGAAAUUUAAACGCAUAGCCUACCAUUGUGUAUAAAACAACUCGAAAUAAAAGAAGAAGAAGCCAAAGAUAAUGUACCAACUAUCUUAUUUUAAGCUUAAGUGUGUAUUGACAGGUGGUGGAACAAAUAUGAGUUUUUGAACAUUAGUCAAACAAAAUUAAACUCAUAUUAGUUCUACCUCCUGCUGAAGCCCACAUUAAUCUGAAUAAGAUGUACUCACAUUCACACACAUAGACGAGCAUAUUCAAUUCGUAUAUUCCAGUGUUAUAUAGCAAACAUUACAUGCCAGCCCGUAUAUAUAUAUAUAUAUAUGUAUUUUUUUCAAACAUAAAGUACGCAAAUUAGCAUCAACGCUUAUGUGACUUCACAUCCAAAUAUAUUAGUAAGGAAAUUAGGUGAUAUAACCAAACAAAAAUCCAUAAUUCAUUAUAUAACCAAAAUCACACAUUUUCUCCUCUUCUUCUUCCUAUUUUUUUCUAUCCUCUUUCUACAAAACUAAUUUUACUUUUUUUUGGGUUAUAUCACAAAUAAGCCCCAUAUUAUUAUGAAAUUACUAUAUAUAUUUAACAAUGCACAAAAAUCUUAAAAAGGUAACAAUAAACUCAUAAUGGGUUCUGAAAUUUUAGGGACUAUAGAUAAUUUAGUAAAAUUUUAUAUAAAACUUUUAUAUAAAUUUUGGUAUAUAUGUAAAUCUUUUGUAAAUUUCUGGGAGCUUUAUCAAGACCGGCACCGAAUAACCCUAAAAGUAUAUCACUAUACUAGCAUAUUUUCUAAAGUAUAGCUUUUUUUUUUCUUAUUAUCAUUUGAAAAAAAAAGUAUAGCUUUCUUUCAAUAAUCCAGUGAGGAAAUCCGGAUAUAAUAGUUUCUUCACGUAUGCAUGUCUAUGUCUAAAACAUAUGUCAACUUCUGAAGAACCGUACACAAAGUACAUACAUGAUCCAUUUUCAGAAUGAAACAUUCAAUUUAGAGCUGGAAAUAGUUUCAAAUACUUUUCUUGGAACUUAUCAAUAUAAGUUAAAACAUGAAAAAGCAGAUAUACUAAUUCAAAUUGUGAUAUUACAACCGACACGUGAAGCUUCAUCGAGAUGUGCUAAUACGUGACGUUGGAAGCUUUCAGAUUAGAUUUAAAUGCUUUAUAAAGAGCAUUCCAACUCUUGCACGUCACCGUUUGAUUAUAGUAGCAAUUUCCCGGUCCCACUUAACCCUUCUUGAACGGUUCAGAUUGGAUCUACGAUCCGCCACGACGAUCCCGCGUGUUUCCACGUCACACUGGAAGAUGCCUUCUUCGUUUAUAUAUUUCGUUUAUAUGAUAUGGUUUGGGUUUAAACAGAUAGGUACGGUCGAUGCACGUUAACUGGGACCCCCCACAGAGGCUUCAGACCUAAUUUAGGUACAGUCACGACUCACGUAGUUAUCAUCUGCUCCUGAUCCUACGAUUAAGAGCACCAUAAGCCUCUCGGAUAUGGCCACGUGGUUUGUUAAUACGGUUAGGGGCGCUUCCGUCAUUUCUUAAUCUUCUUUCUUCCCCCUCUUUAUAAAACUGACAUCGGAAAAAUAAAAUUGAAACGAGAGAGAUUCGGUUUAGCUUUUUUUCCCCACCGGAAAAUCCGAAAGGUGUGACUAAUCUCAGAGUGAUGAACCGGAAACUAAAAACCCGUAACCGAAUCCCGAUCCAACCGGUUUACCACUAUCUACUCUAUCUCCGAGCUGUCUUCCUCUUCAUUCCGACUUAAAAAAGAAAGAUCCGUACUUGUCUGAUUCCAAACACAUUCUUCUCUGUUUCUGUUUGUCUGUUUUCUGUUCUGUUGCAAAUGUCGCAUUCCAUUUUAUCCGCUUUGUCGGAAGAUCUCCUGGUUCGUGUCUACGGGUUUCUGGACCCGCCGUGUCGGAAAACAUGGCGACUCGUCAGCAGAGAGUUCCACCGAGUCGACUCGCUGAGCCGAACCUCGAUCCGAAUCCUCCGCGUCGAGUUCCUCCCCGCGCUUCUCUUCAAGUACCCGAACCUCUCCUCGCUCGACCUCUCCGUGUGCCCAAAACUCGACGACGACGCCGUUUUACGCAUAGCCCUCGACGGCGCCGUUUCGACGUCGCGCCUGAAAUCGCUCAACCUCAGCCGGGCCACCGCGGUUCGAGCCAGGGGACUGGAGACGCUGGCUCGUCUGUGCCGCGCUCUGGAGCGAGUCGACGUGUCUCACUGCUGGGCGUUCGGCGACAGGGAGGCGGCGGCGCUUUCCGUCGCGGCGGGGCUCAGGGAGCUGAAGAUGGACAAAUGCUUGAGCCUAAGCGACGUCGGAUUGGCGAGGAUCGUCGUCGGGUGCAGUAAACUUAACAAGAUUAGCUUGAAGUGGUGUAUGGAGAUCUCUGAUCUUGGGAUUGAUCUUCUCUGUAAGAAAUGUAAAGACUUGAAGUCUCUCGAUGUUUCGUAUCUUAAGAUCACGAAUGAUUCAGUCCGCUCCAUAGCUUUACUACCAAAGCUUGAGGUGUUAGAUAUGGUAAGCUGCCCCUUGAUAGAUGAUGCUGGGUUACACUAUCUUGAGAAUGGCUCUCCUUCACUAAAGGAGAUUGAUGUCACAAGGUGUGAUCGUGUGAGUUCGUCCAGCUUAAUCUCCAUAGUCAAAGGCCAUCCUGAUCUUCAACACCUUAAAGCCAGUCACUGUAUAUCCGAAAUAUCCGCGAGCUUCUUACACAACAUCAAAGCUUUGAAGCAUCUCAAGACUCUAUGGAUCGAUGGAGCUCGCGUCUCUGAUUCCUCUCUAUUAACUUUAACCUCUAGCUGUAGAGCCUUAACAGAACUCGGUGUGAGCAGAUGUUUAGAUGUGACUGACAUUGGGAUGAUGGGACUCGCACGCAACUGCUCCAACCUGAAAGCUCUUAACUUGGCGUGCUGCGGAUUCGUGACGGAUGCAGCCAUCUCUGCUGUUGCUCAGUCUUGUCUGAACCUGGAAAGUUUACAGUUAGAGUCUUGUCAUUUGAUAACAGAGAAAGGUCUUCAAUCGCUUGGAUGUUACUCCAAGCGUCUUCAAGAACUUGAUCUUACUGACUGUGAUGGCGUUAAUGAUAGAGGGCUCGAGUAUAUUUCAAAAUGUUCGAAUCUUAUAAGAUUGAAACUUGGCCUCUGCGCAAAUAUCUCAGACAAAGGGAUCUUUCAUAUUGGCUCCAAAUGCUCGAAGCUUCUAGAACUUGAUCUAUACCGAUGUGCUGGUUUUGGAGAUGAUGGUUUAGCAGCUAUAUCAAGAGGUUGCAAGAGCUUGAACCGGCUCAUUCUAUCCUACUGCGGUGAACUAACAGACGCUGGGGCUGAGAAAAUCCGCCAGCUAGAACAUCUGACUCACCUUGAACUUCGAGGGAUAAAGAAUAUAACUGGUACUGGUCUAUCUGCAAUUGCGCGCGGUUGCAAGAAACUGGCUUACUUGGACCUCAAGCAAUGUGAGAAUAUCGAUGACUCAGGCUUCUGGGCGCUUGCGUACUUCUCAAGAAACCUAAGACAGAUAAACUUGUGCAAUUGCUCUGUCUCUGAUACGGCUCUAUGCAUGUUGAUGAGCAAUCUGAGUCGGGUUCAAGACGUUGACUUAGUCCACUUGAACCGUGUGACUGUGGAAGGGUUUGAGUUUGCUCUAAGAGCAUGUUGCAACAGGCUCAAGAAGCUUAAACUUCUCGCACCUCUCAGAUUCUUGCUCUCAUCUGAAUUGCUCGAGGUGCUUCAUGCUCGUGGUUGCCGAAUUAGAUGGGACUGAAGACAAAAAAAAAUACACGAUCGUUUCUUGCUUUGGUAGAUUGUUGUAGUCGUUAUAAUCAGUGGAACUUUACUAGUAACAUUUUAAUGUGAAUCCGUAUUUUGUUGUCUACACUGCUUUUGUCUUAUCUUACAACAUUGUUUGUGUAGAGGAACUCAGUUUUCAAAAGUUAUCACCUAAAUGUUUUGAUGA